AUGGCAGAUAUUAAACAGGAUCAUAAAGGCGAGGAUACUGAUAAUUAUGGAAUAGGUAAUAAUGCGGAACCAAAAAAUAUGCAAGAAUUGACAGAAUAUGUAAGAUAUAAUUCAUUACUGUGACAUUCUCUGUUGAUGUUUUAAUAAUGUGAUUGCCUAUUGUUUAUGUUUCUUUACAUAUUUUAGGUGCAAACGCUAUUACAAAACAUGCAAGGAAAAUUUCAAACUAUGUCGGAUCAAAUACUGGGGAAAAAUAUCCUUUUUUUUUACUAAUAGCUUAAAAUGCAUUUCCUUAAAUAACCUUAAAAAAAUAAAAUGUGCUUCUGAUGUGAAAGUACAAAUUAUUAUAUGUGAAAAAAUAAGCUUAUUUAAGGAAGUUAUGUGUUUACUUAAUGAUUUCAUGAAUAAAGUGAUAAAUAUUCUUAAUGCAGAAUACUAGAUGAAAUGGGAAAUAGAAUAGACGAUCUAGAAAAAAAUAUCACAGAUUUAAUGACACAAGCAGGCGUAGAAGGAGGGGACAAAUGA